GAAAAAAAAAUAGAUCUUGCAAGCAGCUAACAUGCUUUGUGAAGUCAAAUUGUUGAGCAUGAUUUAUGGACAAGCAGAGGAAUCGGACCUACCGCGUGAUGAGAGGCAGGACACGGUUGCCAGGUCAACGUCUCCUGGUGUACGUCGUCGUCGUAGUUCCUCAGAGCAGGUGGACAACAGGAGUCCUUCACAACUCCAAGACUCCCAGCUGGAGUCUUUGGAUCUGUACGGAACCCAGCCUGGAAGAGAGAACCCUCCGGGCAUAGAGACCCUGGCACCGGCCCGCUCCGGGUGGGACGCCACCGCCUUCUUGGUACCGUCUUACUGCCAGAGCAUCUGCCUGAACUACAGCGACCUUCACAUCGGGGGCGAUCAGGUGCUGCCAUUGACGGCUGACAACCAGGAGCAGAUGGUGGUUGAAACCCAGGCGGUUGGUCCUUUUCUGCAGUCCUGCGAUGCACCCCCGCUUGCGGAGGAAUCCCCUUUAGGGGGUCUUCUGCGGUCACUCAGGGGGGGCUCCAACCACUGGAGGCAGGGAAGUGGUCGCGAUCGCAGCGUUAUGUUCCAAGGCCGCGAGGGCCCCUUCUCCAACUCCCUCCUGAAUCGCUACCUGGAGCAGAAGCUCCUGGAUCUCUACCAGCAGUACAUGAUGGAGAACAUGGCCAGGGACAGGGGUGCGGACCCGGGCCCCAAUUUCCCAUUUCCGGGCUCCGAGAUGUUCCUGAGCAGCCUGGACCAGAUCACCCUGCAGCUGAGCCGGGAUGGGAACUUGGAGGCGGGCCUGGCCAAGGACAUGGUGAUGUCGUGCCUGCUGAGGGUGGCUGGAGACAUGCAGUCCAGUGAGAUCAGCACACCUUUCCUGCAGAUCUCCAGCGACGUAUCUAAGGAGCACAUCAAUGAAUAUAAAGCGGGACAAAAAUAAGUUGGUUUU